AUGGUGGAUGAAAAUGGCAAGCAAACCAUCACCAAUGAUGGUGCCACAGUGAUGAAGAUGCUAGACAUUGUUCACCCGGCCGCCCGAAUCCUCAUCGACAUCGCUCGCUCCCAGGAUGCGGAGGUUGGCGAUGGAACAACAUCGGUAGUGGUUUUGGCCGGUGAGAUCCUGAAAGAAAUGAAGGAACAUGUCGAGCAAAACGUCAGCUCCCGGCUCAUCACUAAAGCCAUACGAAGAACGUCCGCCCUCGCCGUCAAUAAAAUCAAAGAGAUCGCCGUGCCGACCAGUGGUGCCAACAAGAAGGAGACACUAGCAAAGCUUGCAGCUACCGCCAUGACUAUGGUGGUUGAGGCAAUACUGUCACUCGAUCAAGACGACCUGAAUGAAAAACUAAUCGGCAUAAAGAAGAUACCCGGCGGUUCACUCACAGACUCUCAAUUUGUCAAUGGGGUUGCCUUCAAGAAGACUUUCUCCUAUGCCGGCUUCGAGCAACAGCCCAAGUCCUUCAAGAAGCCUAAGAUCGUGUGUCUCAAUGUCGAGCUGGAGCUCAAGGCGGAGAAGGACAAUGCCGAGGUUAGGGUCGAACAAAUUUCUGAAUAUCAAGCCAUUGUCGAUGCGGAAUGGCAGAUUAUUUUUAAGAAACUUGAGGCACUUUAUAAAACAGGGGCCAAGGUCGUCCUCAGUAAGCUGCCAAUCGGUGACCUGGCCACUCAGUACUUCGCCGACCGCGAUAUUUUCUGUGCCGGUCGAGUUGCUUCUGAGGAUAUGGAACGCAUCGUGGAGGCAACGGGUGCGACAGUUCAGUCAACCUGCUCAGAUAUUCUGCCUGAGCACCUGGGAACAUGUGGUUUCUUUGAGGAACGCCAGAUUGGCGGUGAGCGCUUCAACUUCUUCGAGGACUGUCCUGAAGCCAAGACCUGCACUCUUGUCCUCCGAGGUGGAGCCGAGCAGUUCAUAGCUGAAGUGGAACGCUCCCUUCACGAUGCGAUCAUGAUCGUUAAACGAGCAAUUCAAAAUAAGUACAUCGUCGCAGGGGGUGGCGCCGUCGAGAUGGAGAUAUCCGCGUACCUACACCAAUUUGCCGACAACAAGAUCCUGGAUAAACAACAACCAAUCAUCAAGUCUUUUGCGAAGGCCCUUGAAGUCAUUCCCCGCCAACUCUGCGACAAUGCCGGUUUUGAUGCGACAGAUAUCCUUAACAAGCUCCGUGUUGAGCAUGCUCGUGGAAACAUCUGGGCGGGCGUCGACUUCGACAAUGAAGGUGUCGCUGAUAUGAUGACGAAGUUUGUCUGGGAGCCCGCGCUUGUGAAGAUUAAUGCUAUUCAGGCGGCGACGGAAGCGGCAUGCCUUAUCCUUAGCGUGGAUGAGACCAUUCGGAAUGAGGAGAGCCAGGCGCCACAAGGACCACCAAAGGCAUUACCACCAGGCGCCGCACAGAGGGCGUUAAGAAGUAGAGGUCGAGGAAUGCCACGACGCAGCAACAACAACAAUAACAACAACUACCAAAUGCCGAGCCGAGGCCCCUCCGCCCGCCUCGCCAUCGCCAACGCCCUCGACAGGGUCUUUGCGGCCGGAGACGCCGUUGCCGACGCUAAGGAGGCCCGAGCCCGUGCCCGCGAGGCGCUUGCGAAAGCAGAGGAGGGGGUGUGGCGGGCCGUUUUCCGCCAAAACGCAGAGCGUGUAGCGCUCGAGGCGUUGCAGCGCAACCUCGGCGGCUGGGGCGGCUCCAAUUAG